UUUAGGAUACCCGAGCAAAGACAAUAUCUAAUUGGUCAAGACAACAUCUGAGGUGUGGCCAAAGGGCCAGUUUAAAUACUCAGGACACCAUCAAAUUCUGCUUUUAGCGUUUGCUUUUUAGUCAUGCUUUUAGUCAUCCCUUUAAGCAUUCUUUAAACGCGGUUCCAACAUGCUUCGGCCUGUACGCCUGCUGCUACUUAGCGACGAUGAGAAGAAACACCACCUAGUCUCAUCAAACUUUACUUCUGUUCUUUUAGUUUAGUUUCUUUUCUUUUCCGUUGAGAGUUUCGUGUUCUGAGUUAAGUUUAGUAACGCUGUGUCUCCGAGUCUGACCUCGAGUGCCUGUUCAACUUCAACCAGCCCACUACUCCGCGUCUUCAGCCAUCGCCCAACCACGGUCUUCCCAAGACGUCAGCAACUACUGAACUUCCAGCAAAUCAACAACAUCGGGAACCCCCCUUUCAAUGACAACUAAGGGAACCCCUUUACACAGGAGUGGCAAACUUUCUCAAUCACACCGGAAGCACCUCAUUGGUCUUUUUUCUUGACAAAGGCGUCAACAUCAAUGCCAGCUGAGCAAUCCUGGUCCCGACUAAUUCUUCGUCUCACAUUGGAACCCAGCCUUGGACAGGGUUCGAAGACUGCUAUGACUAGAUGACAGAGCCAGGAAGUUCAGAGGAGCCAUUAUAUUUCUCAAAAUGCCAAGAUUAAAAAGAAAACAGCUACAUCUAAUAAUAAUAUGCUUUAGUGCUUUGGUGCUCAUGGCGUACUGGGAAAAGAUCGACAAUAACAUUGUAACCCAUGUAAUGUCUUUCUCGUACCGCUAUCUUCUCAAUAGCUUCACGUUCAUUAACGCAAGCUUUAGAGUCAAUCCCGAAGACGCUAUCAAGUACAGCAACCACAGAUACCUAAUAAACCACGAGAGGAAGUGUGGUGAAAAAGACGUUCUUCUCCUGCUCUUUGUGAAAAGCUCCUCUGAGAACUUUGAAAGAAGACGGGCCAUUCGCUCUACUUGGGGAAACGAGGCGUACAUUGAAAGGAUGCUGGGUGUUACUGUAAGGGUGUUGUUCGCUCUUGGCCUCCACCCUGAACCGGAGCAAAAAAGAAGACUUCAGAGACAACUGUUGUUUGAGGACCAAAGAUAUCAUGACCUCAUCCAGCAGGACUUCAUAGACACCUUCCACAAUCUUACUCGGAAGCUACUUUUGCAGCUUGGCUGGAAAGAAGCCUACUGUCCCCGUGCACAGUUCCUAAUGUCGGCAGAUGACGACGUCUUUGUCCACAUUCCCAACUUAAUUCACUUCUUGCAAGGGAUCGGUCGCAGUAACGGCAAAAACCUUUGGAUAGGAAGGGUGCACCACGGUUCCCCACCUGUCCGAGACAAAGAAAGCAAAUAUUACGUUUCCCAAGACUUGUACCCAUGGUUGUCUUACCCGGACUACACCCCUGGCUCUGGGUAUGUCCUCUCCAGAGAUGUGGCUACCAGAAUCUAUCAAGCUGCACUCACCAUAAACGCUUCCUUUCACAUCGAUGACGUCUUCCUCGGGAUCUGCGCCAAAGUGAUAAACAUUGCUCCCAAGGACCAUGCCUUCUUUUCGGGAGAGGGAAAAGCUCCUUAUCACCCUUGUAUCUACAACCAGAUGAUGACUUCACAUGGACACGUCAGCGAUUUUCAUGAAAUGUGGAAGCGUGUAACAGAAGCCGAAGCUGGUCAGAUAUCCUCAGGACUGAUUUGGAGGCUCUACUGUACUGUCACGAAAGUGAGGCUCCUAUGCCUACCAUUUCUUUCAAACUCUUACCCAUGCAAGGCAGCUUUUUUUGAAUAUGACAGUUUUUAAAAUUGAUAAGAACUCAUAUAUGUAUAUCUGUGUGUGUGUGUGUGUGUGUGUGUGUGUGUAUAGAAGUCAGAUUACUUGGGUAACUUUGUACUGUAUUGCACAGUACCAGUAUGUUAAAUUGGUUCGGUAAGGAAUUCAGUGAUUUAAUUUGUCUUUCAUGUUUAUAUAUCUUGAUUUACUUGCAUGUAUAUUGUAUGUAUAUGCUGUAUUUAUAUUUAUCUUCCAUUUUGUCUCCGUUCUAACAGCAGGUGUCAAAUUUAGUUUUACAGCUAUUAGCUAAAAAAAAAAAAACACAUUGAAAAUUAUUUUCUUUGUUUAGAACUGAAAUUUUGAAAGAGUUUCCAACAGGGCAGCACUUAGAAUGACAAAGGUUGACUAAGAAUGGAAUUGCUCUUAAAGAGAUGGCACAUACAUCCAUUCUCUGAACCACUUGCCCUAUGUAGGGUUAGGAUGGACGGAUGGCCAGUCCAUUGCAGGUCUGAUUGAAAACAGAUAUAAACUAAGUCUAAGUGACACUUUUCUUUGAUUAAUAGUGCUGAGAAACCGAGCCACAUACUGUAUUUGGAUUGAUUUUAACAAAGAUCAGCAAUGUCCUAAAAUAUUCCUCUGUCAUACCACAUAUCACAGUCUCUAGACCCACACCAGUCACUGUUGAAGCCCACCCUCCCAUGCAUCAUUACUGUUAAUGAUUAAACUGUUACCUGUACAAAGUGUGGCUUUGCAUACAUUACUAGAUUGCAGAAUAUUUAAGUGUGCUUCCUUUUUGAAGCAGAUACAAUUUUUACCUCUCCAGAAUACUUAUAAAAGGGAGCUUGCAUUUUUUAUUAAACUUAAUUUGACUAUGCUCAGCCAGUUUUUGGAAUAUCCACCUUAUAGGACUUGUAUAAAAUUAGUCCUGCUACAAAUUCUUGAAUAUGAAUAUGCCAAGCACAAUUAAUGGUUACCAAUGAAAAUGGUGAUCAUGUCAGGGAUCCUGGCAUAUACAAGUAAUCAUAACAGCGGUAUUUGAUUGCAAACCCUCAGGCAAACAUGAAUGAACAAUCUGCCUAAAUCAUGGCAUUUAAUUUGAAUGAGGUGAGCGGCUGCAUCUGUUGUUGUAGUGGACUAGUUUGGCUUUGCUAGACAUCUCAAGGCUUAGGAAUGACGUGUGAUGUGUCUUCAGUGGCCAAGCAGGAAAAUGGGCAGAUUUGAAUUUCAAAUUUGCUCAACAUGAGACGUUUGAGUUACAAACCAGAAACUUUGAAGGUACAAAUGACUUUCCGGAUAAAGGUAAAUCUGGUAAUAGUUUAGUGAGUGAUCCAUGCACAUACAUUACCUGGCUAACAGUAUGCGGAUACGAUCUACUAAUAAUGUGCUGCAGAGAUGAUAUAUUUUUGUAAGCCAGCCUGAAAAUUAAUCGCGCUGGGGAGCAUUUCCCAAAAGCAACUAAGGUCGAAACAAAUCAGUUCAAUGCAGCGUGCAACCAGAGUUAGCUAACGAUGCUUUUGGGAAAUGCACCCCUGGUAACCUCAACACACACACAAAAAAACUGGGAUUCAUUGGCAUUGUUUAGCUUAUUGCAGAAAAUAAGUUGACUAACAAAAGCUUAUGAUUGUUUCGGUUUCAGUGUUGUAGAACUUCCCAGAAAACCCCUGCGGUCACAUUUAGUCUCUUGUUGGCAACCGGCUCCAAGUCUGGGACUACAAAAAUACAUCCCCAUUUAUAGAUUUAUUUAUUAUACAAGUUUGGAUGGGCCUCUAAAAUCCAGCGAACACAAAUCUGAAGGCUGAGAAAGUUACAAAGUGUGGAAAAUAAAAUAAAAGGCUCAGCAUGAAGACAGCAAACCAGUCCAUCACCAAAAAAUAAGGGCAAAUCAUUUGUGGAAAUCUAUUACAAAUGAUGGUCUUCAAAUUAAUGUCUGUGGCAAGAAGUGAAUAAGGGGUGCUUGAAUUCUCUGAUAAAA